AUGUCAUUAUCAGCAUCUUUAUCACAAAAUCCAUCCGACUUAUCGUUAUCUUAUUUAAAAUCAUUAAAAAAUGUGGAAGAUAUCCAAGAAUGCUUGAGAAUUUUGGAUUUAGAAGAAAAUCAGGUUGAUGCUAAUUUAGAUGAAUUAUUGGAAAAAGGGUCACAGCUCGAAACUGAAUUGGAUAAAUUGAAAAUUCUCGG